AUGACUGAUAAUAAGAUUGAAGAAAUUGAGAGGUAUAAGAAGAGUUUUGUAUAUUCUGAAUCUGAAUAUGAAUAUGUUAGUUCUGCAUUUUCAUAUGACGGUGAAAUUUUUGUUACUUCAGGUGGAGAUAAUACAUAUCGAAUCCAUUCAUUAAGUAAUCCUAAAGAACCUACAAUAUUAAAAUCACAACUUUUUGGUUCUGGAAUGAUUAAAUACACUCACCACCCACAUGUUAUAUUAACUUCCUUUAAUAAUAGAGGAAUAUUAAAUUCAUUAGGACUUCUUUGUUUUGACACUAAAGAGUUUGUUCGUGUAUUUCACGGUCAUACAGAUGAAAUUAUUUCUAUUGACCAUAAUAAUUCGAGUGACAUGUUUUUAUCAACCUCUCUUGAUUCUCAUGUAAUGCUUUGGGAUCCCCGUGCUAAUAAUCCGUGUACUUCAAAUAUUUUCUUUGGUAAAAUAUUUCCAGUUGCUUGUUUUAAUAAUGAAGGUACAAAAGUUGUUGUAAUAGAAGAAAAUAAUGGUCAUGUGUUUGACUUAAAAAAGUUCCCUUAUGAGCCACUUUUUAAUUUUGUUCUUCCAACAGAAAGGUCUUAUAGAAAAGUUACUUGUUCUCUUGAUGGGUCCAAAGUUGCAGUUUCAUCACCAUCAGGUAAUAUUUUUGUUAUAGAAAAUUUUGAAUCUACUGCUCCUAUUAUUAGGCCUAUCAGUACUAAACUUACUAAAGAUUCUCCUUGCAUUGAGUUUUCAGUCGAUGGAUCUCGUCUUAUGUUUUCAAGUGGAUUUGAUGGUAGUGUUAAUGUGUUUAAUUGCAUAGAUCAUACUACAAUACCAAUGCCUCAAAGUAAUCAAACAACAGUACGUUCAAUAAAAUGUAACUAUAAAUAUCCAAUUGUAGCAACAACAUGUUCAGUGGUAAAUUGGUGGUCAUAUGAUGAUUAA